AUGUCUUGUUCGUCACCAAGCCAACGAGAAGAGGCCGCCGGCGAGAGGAGGAAUAUGACUUUGGUGGUGGGUUACGCACUUUCACCCAAGAAAGUGGACAGCUUCAUCACCCCUUCGCUCCUAAACCACGCCCAAACUCACGGCGUCCGUCUCAUCCCCAUCGACCUCUCCCUCCCCCUACUCAACCAAGGUCCUCCUUUCCACUGCAUCCUCCACAAGCUCUCCCACCCAACCUGGGAAUCCCAGCUAGCCGAAUUCUCUUCCCGUUACCCUACCCUCCCCAUCAUCGACCCUCCCCGCGCCGUCCGCCGCCUCCACGACCGCCUCUCCAUGCUCCAAGUCGUCUCCCACUUACACUUGCCCGAUUCCGAUUCAGCUCCUUGUUCCUUCGGGAUACCGGAUCAGAUUCCCGUUCUCAAUACCACUCAUUUCCAGAAUCUCCUCGAUAAUUGUGAUGUGGAGUAUCCGGUAAUUGCCAAGCCUUCGGCCUCCAACGGCACCGCGAAAUCUCACCAGAUGUAUCUCGUGUUCAACCUGGAAGGUCUGCGCAAGCUAGGAUCAGAAUUGGAGCCCCCUUUCGUGCUGCAACAAUUCGUCAACCACGGCGGCGUCGUUUUCAAAGUGUACGUGGUCGGGGAUCACGUCCACUGCGUCCGCAGGGAUUCUCUACCGGAUUACGAUUCCGACAAUAAUCUCGGCCUGCUGCCUUUUUCCCAGAUAUCAAAUCUUGCCGGCGGUGACCGGGGGAUGGGGGAGGCGAGAGCAGCGAUGCCGCCGGAGAGACUCGUAAGCGACUUGGCCGGAGGUUUGAGAGAUGCCUUGGAAUUGAAUCUGUUCAAUUUCGAUUUGAUUAGGGACAACAGGAAGAGUAAAGGAGGCACAGAUCAUUACCAAAUAAUCGACAUAAAUUACUUUCCGGGGUAUGCGAAGAUGCCUAAUUACGAAGCGGUUUUCACUGACUUCCUCCUCCGUCACCUCCUUCACCGCCACAAUCCACCUCCUACAGAGGAGGUGUGA